AUGGAUCUACAAGUAAGUAGCUAUACGCUAGAUAUGUUUGCUCAAGAGAACAGUACAUUUAAGGAAUAUGUAUUAUACAAACUCUAUAACUAUUAUUUUGAUGUGUCCUGUAAGGGUUAUGAUACUGAAAUUUAUUGUCCUACAGUAGAUUAUUAUAAAUUCGACGAUGAGGAAAUUGAAGAAUUUUAUAAUAAAAUUAUACGUAAUUUAAAUGGAAUAUUAAGUAAAGAUCAAAAAAUAAAUGAUAUAAUUGAUAAUGAAGAUAAAUUAUGCACGUAUCUAAAAUAUUGGUUUCAUGAUAAAAUAAUAAGCAAAGGAUAUAAAGAUCCACAAAUUAAAAUGAUAUAUGAUGCUUGGGAAAAUACAAAAAAUACACUAAAUGUUAAGAGUCCCUGUCGUAUUUUUAGAUUAGAUUUAAGCAAAACUAUUGAAAUAAAACCAAUGUUUGAUUAUUUUAUAUUAUAUGAUAGAAAAAAAAAGGAAAAAGAAGAAUCUGAUGAAAUAUUAGAAUCUAAAUAUUGCAAUUAUUUUAAAGAAGCACACAUCAUGUAUAUUUUUAAAGAAUUAAAGUGUAUAUCAAAUAAUAAAUUUCCAUUGUGUAAUGAAUUUAAUGAAUACAUUAAAAAGCAUAUAGAAUAUAAGGAAGAUAUGUCUUUUUCAUGUGAUACUAAAAAUGAGGCCCAAGAUGAUUUUAAUCAUCCUGAUUUAGCAACUUAUAAUAGAGAGGAAACUAAAUGGUUUAAUGAACUUCAAAUAGACCAUAAGCGAACUCAGUUUGUCAUUAUUUCUAAGGUUGGGAAGGCAACAAAAAUUAUUAUAAUUGUGUUCACAUUUUCAUUUUUCUGUAUACUUUCCCUAUUACUUCUCUUCAGUAAGGUAAAUAAAAUUAAUGCUUAUUAUAGCACAUUAGGAUCUUACUAUUAUAAUAAAAUUCUAAAUUCCAUAAAUAAUAUUAAGAAUAAAAUACUAGAUGCAAGGAAACCAUUUAUAAAUUCUUAUGUGUGUCAGGACAUGCAUGAUUAUGUUUCCAGAUAUAACAUAUUAUAUAGUUCUUACUAA